UAUGAAUCAAAAUCCAAUUUUUAAAAUUUUCAACAUUUUUUCUUUUUCAAAAUUAAUUUUCGACGGUCACUUUAGCUAUGUUAGCUAUAUAACUAUAACUCCUAACAUCGACUGUGUAAUGUAUUGUAACUGCAUUGUAUAUGUAAAUACAAUUUAAAAUGUAUCAAAUAUAAAAUGCCACUGGUUUUACCCAAUUAAAGAGGCGGAAAAUCCAAAAGUUGGCGGAAAAUCCAGAAAGUUCUAGAUUAGGCUGUCUACGUCGUGUUUGGUCAGUAGGUUUCUUUCUCAGAUUCUUAAUUUUUUUAAUUUUUAUUAUAAACAGGCUUUCAUAAUAAAUAAAUAAUCUUAUUAAAAAGUUUUAAAAUCUAAAUUAAGAAAUUCAGACGAAAGAUGGGGGAAAAAUCAUAUCAAGUGUGUUUACGUUGCUAACGGGGUUACCUGUUGAUAUGUCUGAUAUAUUGUAAAAAUAUUAAACAUGGUUCGGUUGAGUAGAGUCGGGGGGAAGUUAAAAUCAAUAGAACCUAGGUGAUACAGACAACAGAGGAAACAUUAAACCUUCAUAUAUACCCACCCAGUAACCACCAGUAUUAAACAACCCUUUACACGUAGUAGUUGGUUUUAUGAGUAAAAAACAAACGAAGCAGGCGUCUUCUCCACGCCGAUGGGAUGAACUAUCAAAACAGCCCGAGGCCAAGUGGAUAAAGAUCUAUGAUCAGAAUGACAAGUAUGAUACUAAAGGAACCACUCUACUAGUUUCUCCUAGAGUUGUCAAAGAUUUUGAUCAUUUUGUUGAUCAUGUUAAUGACAAGCUUAAACCUGGUGUUGGAGCCAGGAGAAUAUAUACCUCUAUGGGAGGUACAGAGGUUAAAAGUCUCGAUGAACUUCAACCUAACAAAGAGUAUACUGCGGCCCGCCGAAGAUUUAAGAAACGAAAACCUCUUUCUCCCCGAAAGAACUCAAAGAAAGGUUCGGCGGGCAGCUCUGAGGGAUAUCAUUCAAGCGAAGAUUUGAAAACUAAAAAUGCAAAUGGACGCCAGACUCUUAUGGAAAGACAAGCUUUAUUCGCGAAGAAAAGAUCUGAAUCUGAGCCCCCCGUGUCCAAUAGGAAUAAAGUCAAAGAUGAUUCCCCGCUCUUCAAAAAAAGUCCUAGAAAACCAAAGUUCCUUGAUGUCACCCCUCACAAUGGUGGCAAAAAGAAGAAAGAGAUAAAAGCAUCUCCUGCUAAAAAAGUUGCAACUGCCAUAAAAGCAACAAAAACAAAUCCAACUUCGAAUAAGACCCCAAUCAAGUUUGCAGGAGCUAGGGAGAAAACACCACCAGGGAAAAAGCGAAUGGCUUUUAGGGGUCAGUAUAUUUUUGUUUCCGAUGACGAUGAUUAUGAUUACGAUGAAGACAAAGACAACAGAGCCGGAGACAAAAAAGGGUCCGAUGAUGAUGAAUAUGAUGAUUAUGAUACUGAUUCAAAGAAACCAGCAGCUUUUGCGUCAAGGAAGAAGAGCAACGCUUCAUUAAAGAGUACUACAACAAACAAAAGUUUUGCAUCAGCUAGAUCUAAGGCCUCCUCAAGUUUAUCUACCAAAAGUAAAAGAGACAAAAGUGAUGAAGAAUAUUCUGAUAACUCUGAUGAUGACGCCAAAGGUAACAAAUCAGCAAUUAGUAAAAUUAGUAAACAAUCAACAAAUCACCUGACAGCCAGUCGCAGUCCCUCUAAGUUGAAUUCAAGAUCAGCUGGAAGUACUAAGUCCAAGGCAUCAGCUGGAAGUACUAAGUCAAAGGUUAGUGCAGCAUCUCGUAGAAGCUCGAGGAAGCCUUCAGAUGCUGGAUACAACUCAGACAAAAGUAACAAAUCUGCAGCUUUAAACAAAACCUUCAACAACAGUAAAAAAUCAUCUCUCUCAAAUUCAGACGAUAGUGAUAAUGAUUCUGAUGAUAGUAAAAAGACCAGCAAGAACUCCGACAGUGACUCUGACAGUAAAAAAUCCGCCAGAUCAAGAUUAACUACAAGGAAGAGUAUUGGAGGAGCAAAGUCUAGAAAUAAUUCCAAAAGUGAUGAUUCAGAUGGGAAAAAAUCUACGAAAUCAAGACUCACCACCAGGAACAGCAAUAAGUCAAGAAAUAACUCCGACAGCGAUGACUCUGAUGGGGGGAAAUCUACGAAAUCAAGACUUACCACUAAAAAGAGCAUUGCAGGAAGCGCUAGAUCUAAAAAAGAUUCUGACAGUGAUCAGGACUCUGAUAGCGGAAAGUCUACAAAAUCUAAGUUGUCUGUAAACAGAUCUACAAAAAGUGGAAAAUCUAAAAAAGAUUCUGACUCUGAUGAUGGCAGAGCUGCAAGCAGAAUCAGCAAGUACAGCAAGUUCAGUAAGUUCUCUAGUAAGGAAAGUAAAAAGAAGGAUUCAGGUUCAGAUUCAGAGGAAUAUUCAGAAUAUGAUUCAGAUAAUUCAGAUUAUGAUAAAUCUAGAAAAGGCGGAGACAAAAAAUCUCAGCUGUCAAAGAAUGGAGCAAUAAAGUCAGGCCCUGGGAGUCCAUACAGAGCUAAAUCAAUCGCGGGAAGAGCAAGCACAGUACCAGAUACCCCAGAUACUAAGGUGAAUACCCCUGUUGACCUGCGAGCUGCAAGCGAGGUGGAUGACGACGACUACUACUCCGACGAGUCCAACAAGUCCGAUAAAUCGAGCAGAUCGCGUGCAACAACAAAAACCAAAGCUACUGUAAAAACUAGUUUUAGUAAACGUUAAGAACAUCA